AUGAAUAUUGAGGAGUUACUCCUCGUUUCAUUUAGAGGAAAUAAUGAAGAAGUAUUUGAAGCACAGAAUCAAUUACUCUCUCUUCCACUAAACGAAUCAGUCUUAAUAAGCUUUUUAAAUAUUAUAUCAAACACAAAGAACGAUGAAUUACUACGGACAGCAGCUGUUAUAAGAAUUAAGCAAAUUUUAUUCGAUAAUAUCCAGCUAAUUUUUCAAGAUUCAAUUUCAAAUAUUCUCAAACAAUGGAUUGUUGAUAUUUUUCAGACAAAAAUAUACGAAUUGAUUCCUUCAAUCUUAGAAAUUUCCCGAAUUGUUGUUCAAAAAUUGUUUUUCACGGAAAAUUGGCCAGAUUUUCCACAAAUAUCAUUGCCAUCGAUUGCAUUAGUAUGGUCUCUACUAAGCUAUUUCAAAUUUAAUACAGAUCCUCAAUUAGAUCCUAGUUUUAUUACAGAUUUUUUACAAAUUUAUACACAAUCAAUAAAUGAAUUAUCAAUUACAGACAAAACACUAUUAUUUAGAUGUGCCAGUUACAUUUCCAUUUUAAAUUUACCAGAAUUUUUCCAAUAUGAUCAUAAUUCAUUAUCUCUUUGGAUUUCUCAAAUUGACAGCAUAAUUCAUAACGAGAAUAUUGAAGAUGAAGAUUUUGUUCAUUUUGCAUUCAAAUUUUACAGUCAAAUUGUUGAUUAUGAAGAUUUUGUUUCAUUUGAAGAAGUUUUUAAGAUUUUAAACAAAGCAAUUGAAGUUACACGAUUAACAAAUAAUGCAAUAUUAUUACAUUAUUCUUUUAGUCUUAUUAAAAGGUGUUUAAAAAGAUCAGAUAUUUUUCAACACAUUUCGAUGGAAGAAAUCAUUACUCAAUUCAUUUUACCAUCAUUUGAAUUUACAGAAUAUGAUUUUAAUCUCGCAGAGUAUUAUCCAAAAGAAUUUGCUUUAUCUAAUUUUGUUUUUGAUUCCGAAAUAUAUGACAGAAAAAAUCUUGCAGCAUAUUUAUCAUUUUCUUUAUGUAAAUAUCCUGGUUAUGCAGAUCUUCUUUUUAACAUUGCACAGCAAAAUAUGUCAUUAGAUAAUAUUAUAAUUUACUUACAAGGUAUUAUAACAGUUAUUAAUAAAAUAAAUAAAGAAAUUGUUUCUCAAUUUAUUAAUCAAACAUUUGAAUUAUGUUUGUCAGAAGAUCCAUUAAUAAAAAGCUGUUAUUUUGCAUUAUUAACUCAUAUUCAUGGUAUAGAACUUGAUAGUUCAAUCAUUUGUGCAUGCUUAGAAUCAAUAAAUGAUGAACACAUUUAUACUGGAUUUUAUGCUUUAUCUGCAUUUUGUUCAUUAUUACAAGAAUCUUCAGAAGAAACAGUUAAAAUGAUUGUUGAAAAUUACAAGGAUAAUAUUGAAGGAAUUUUAGAGAUAUUUCUUAAUAAUUUGUCAAUGUUUGGAUCAAAUAUCAUGCUGCGAAAUUCAAAUACAUUAAUAAGAGCUUUUAAUGAAUAUAUUAUUCCAUAUUUGGAAGAGUUUUGUUGUGGAGUUAAUCAAAUGUUACCUGAUUUACUUUUAAAUGUAAAAGAAGACUUUUACAUGAUUGAUUACGCAAUGGAAGACUUCAAAGAUUUCAUUAAUUCAAUCAAUGCUUUUAUUGAUGAUAAUUCACUAAUUUAUAUAGAUUUUAUCAGCUCAAUUAUGUCAAUUUAUGAUGAAUUUGAUGAUGAGUAUUCUGCUAAAGGUUGUUUAAUUGACUUUAUUGAGCUCUUGAUUUCAAAAAUUUCAACUUUUUCUAAUGAUAUCUUUGAAAUCAUUCACCCAAUAUUUAAUAUUGAUGAUGAAUUUAAUAUGGAAAGUAUCGUAUGCCUUUGUAGAACACUUCUAAUUCGAAUGAAAGAAAUUAAUGAUUUUUAUUCCGAAUUAAUUGAUUUUGUAUUCAAUGUAGCUGCUAAAUUCGAAAGCAAAAAUGAAGAUAUUGCAAUCGAUUGCCUUUAUUCUCUAAUAAUGACAACUCGCAAUGAAGAUAUUUAUAAUUAUAUAUUGAAUAAUCUAGGAAAAUGGGAAGCAAAUGAUAAAAUCUAUGAUUUGAUAUCUUCAUUAAUAAUUUGUAAUCCCACUGCUAUUUAUCAAAUGCUUUAUGAAAUGAUUAAUCAAAAAAUCGAGUUUUUGCAAUCAGCAGCCAUUUUGAAACUUCUACCAAUCAUUGACAGCGAAGACAUAAAAUUGAACUACUUAAUCAUCAUAACAGAGAAUAUUAAACAAGAUGUAAAAAAUAGCAAUGUUGAUAGCAUUGAUUUUGAGGAAAACAAACUAGAAAAUAUAUGUAAGGAGUUGCACGGAAUACUAUCGAACUUAAAAAUGAACAAUUCCACAUUAUUUGAUAAAUAUAAUGAAGCUACUUUCCCAUUUAUGGAAGAAACACUACAGAAGUAUAUAUAA